AUGUCCAUGCUCGAAGGACUGAUUAUGAAUUUAAAACUUAAAGAAGAUCAGUUUUCUAUAUUCCAGGCGUCAAAGAGCGAUGACAUGGAAAACCUGUGGGCAAAUAUUUUGAAGAUAGACCCAACCAUGACCCGACAAUGUACAACAAAGAAGUCAAUAGAGAAGAAGCAGUUGUUUAAUAAGUUUCUUGAAACCCAUUGCAGAAUACGACAUUAUAUGUUCAGCAUAAAAAAAUGUGGUAAAGAUAGCUGCACCAUUUGCAAGGCACCCAGACUACCAGCUGAAUUGUUCAACGAGAUACACCACUUACCAGAUCCAGAACCAAGUCGACCCGACCACUACAAGCCAUUUGAUGAUGUGUACGGCCAGAAAACCUCGGAAAAGCACCGUCCGUCGUUAGUUCAGAGAAACCAAAGCAAUCAUGGAAUGCCCUUUUCACCAAGUGCUCAGUGUGCCAAGAAUGUCGGAAUUGUGGUUCAAUGUCAAGAUUGUGACAAAUGGAGAUGCCUGUAUUCCAAGAAAAAGAUUUCGCGUAAACUGCAUGGUAAAGUUGAAAGUGCGUUGGAGGAUUUGUCCUACACAUGUGGCAGUGUGUUCUCGGAUUUGGAGGAUGAAGAAAUGAGAGGGGGUUUUGAUUCAGUGUUUGUGAAAGCCAGUCUCGAUUGCAGUCAACCAACAGAAAAGCCGUGGUAUGCAGCAGGUUUUGAAGACAUUUGCUUCUUUUGUGGCGUUGAAGACGAUCUUAAUACCAAUCCCGAAAGCUAUCCACUAUGUGAAGAGUGCAAGAAAACUCGCAAACCAGAGAAGCGAUCAUCAAGAAAGAAAGUUUAA